GACCUUUCUCUCGAUCAAAUCUCACUCGCUCUCUUCCCAAAAUCAUCAAAAUAAAAACCCUAGAAAUCCCAAAAUCCUUGGUCACCUCAUCUCCCAAAAUGCACACAAAAAGCCAUCAAAUUUUCAUCCAAUCCCAAAAUCCCCAAUUCAAAACCCAAACCCUAACUCUGGACCCAACUCAAACCCUAACCCUCCACAAUCUCAAGCUCUCUCUUUUACCCAACAACCAAAACCCCUCUUCUUUCUACUUCACCCUUAAUGGAAAACCUUUGAAAGACUCCUCCGUUUUACCAAAUCCCCAAAUCACCCCCCUCUCCACGCUAAUUUUACAAACCCGGCUCUCUGGCGGCGGUGGCGAUGGCGGUGCCACGGGGGCAGAGUCCAGGGACUGCUAUCUCAACAUGUAUGCUGAAAAAAAGCCUGAUAAAGUAGAUCCACAUGAGCAACGCCUAUCGAAAUGGCUUAAUUGCUCACUUUCAAAUGAGCCCUUGAUGCAACCUUGCGUAAUUGAUCGCCUCGGUAAUAUGUUUAAUAAGGAAGCUUUAGUUGAGGCUUUGAUUGGUAAAAAAUUGCCUAAAGAGUUUGGUUAUAUAAAAGGUUUGAAAGAUAUGAUUAACAUACAGUUAGAGGUGGUUCCAGGUGAGGGGUUGGGUAAUGCCCGAUUUCAAUGUCCAGUAACGGGGUUAGAGUUUAAUGGGAAGUAUAAGUUUUUUUCUUUAAAGAAGUGUGGACAUGUUUUGAGUGCUAAGGCAUUGAAGGAGGUGAAGUCGUCAGCAUGUUUGGUUUGUUAUAAGGAGUUUGAGGAGUGUGAUAAGAUUGUGAUAAAUGGGAGUGAGGAAGAGGUGGAGGUUUUAAGGGAGAGAAUGGAAGGGGAUAGAUUGAAGGUGAAGGUGAAGGAGAAGAAAAGGAAGGUGAAGAAUGGGGAAGUGGAGGAUAAUGGGGAGGAGUUUGCAGGUCAUGGCGUGGUGACUUCGCGGUUGAGUGGUCAAAAGCAUGGGAUUGUUGAUGUUAAGGGAGUGGAUAAGGUGGCUGGGAAAGUGAAAGGAAAUGGGAAGGUUGAGAAUGUGAAAGGGGUUAGUAAUGGUGGUUCGAAGCGGUUUAUGGCGGCAGAUAUGGUACCAGCUAAUGCCACUAAGGAGGUAUAUGCAUCCAUAUUUACUUCAUCACAGAAGAAAAAAUUCAAGGAGACAUAUAGUUGCAGAUCCCUUCCGCUUGGUAGGAACUAGCUGUUGAAUGUGUAUGAGGGCAUAGGGCCUCCUUUAUGAGUGAACUCUUUUGUUUGAGAUGAAGAGCAUCAAGUCAAUAGACAAAUAAGGGCAAUCGAAGAGAAUGGAUCCCAUUGAACCUCCAUCUUGCUUGGCCUUGAUCCCAUGACUGAGAUCACCCUUGACUGAUCUACUGCCAUUGGAAAGUUAGCUGCCUAUAUGCCUAUGUACAAAACAACUGGAACCGCUCCUUAUCAGUCGCUCCUCGGUGUCUUUGUUCGUUCUUUGUUCUUGCAGUGUGCUACCUUUUCUUCUUGAUCAGCCAGGAUUAUAAAAUAAUUUUGUUAAAUUAACUUUGGCAAAAAUAUAUUAAUUUAAAGUGCCAGUUUCUUAAAACUGGAUGAUAAAUUUGAGCUUCACUUUUUCAACAUGUAGUUAUUUGGGAAGAGUUAUUCAAUGUUUCCCACAUACACCUUCUUUAUUCUGACAUUCAUGUGGGGUUCGUGGAUUGCUUUUAUAAUUGGGCUUUACUUGAAUGUGAGAAUAUUGUUUGUGCCCA